CAUAAGGCUGCGACUCAUCAUUCUUCUGUUUGCAGCAAGCCCAGGCACCGAACUCCUCUCCCGAGAGUGAAGCCCAGACGAAUCACCCAAGACGCGGGCAGAUACAGAAGAAUCCUCCUCCACAUGUACUGGGAACCAUCUGGUCUGGUCAUCACUACCACACAGUGGUUGUGAAUCCCAAAUCAAUUCAGCAAUAAAUGCUCUGAAUAUUCCUGUCAUCUUUGAAUUGAAGAAGGGUUUCCAGAAGAAUAGGUCAAACUUCAAGUGUGUCAGCAAUUUCUGACAUACUGCAAAGAUGGAUUUUAUUAAAGAGGAGCAAGAGGACAUGGGUUAUCCAGAACCACACAGAGUGAAAAAUGAAGAUACCGAGGAACAAAUAGACCUGAUGAAAGUGAAAAAGGAAAAUGAAGAACUGAAUGAAGUGGAGGAGAAGCAUCAGCAUCAGAAAUCUCCUAAUGUCACACCUGGAGAUAAAUCAUUUAGUUGCUCACAGACUGAACAGAAUUCCUCACAACAAACAAAGGAUCAUAUAAGAAUUAACAACGCUAAGAACGUUUACACAUGCCCUCAAUGUGGAGAGAACUUCACUCGUAAAACAUUUUUUACGAGUCACGCAAGGAUUCACGCUAAAGAUAAGCCUAUCGCAUGCCUCCAGUGUGGAAUGAGAUUCAAAUUUGAAGUACACCUUAAAACUCACAUGAGAAUUCACAGUGGAGAGAGGCCUUUCAUAUGCCCUCACUGCGGAAAGGGUUUCUUUUUUUUUAAAUUUCUUGAAAAUCAUAUGCUCUGUGAGCACCCUGGAGCAAAGUCCUUAAACUGUGAGGAGUGUGCUAAAAAUUCUACCGUGCCAUCAAACGAAAAGCCCCAUUUGUGUUCCAUAUGCGGAAAAAGUUUUUUUUGCUUGCACCGUUUUAAAGAGCACCAGGAAAUCCAUAGUGGGAAAACUCACGUGUGCCCUGAGUGUGGCGAUGCCUUUGCAAAAGCUGGCAACUUGAAGAUGCACCAAAAAAUCCAUAAUCCAGAAAAAACGUACACGUGCUCACACUGUGGAAAGAGUUUCACUCAUUCAGUAGCCCUGAAAAUACAUGAGAAAGAGCAUACUGAAGAGAAGCCUUCAAGUGUGAAGAGUUACACCCUAUCGACUCAUUUCAAAAAGCAUUCUGGAAAAAAGUCACAGUGAGCAAAGGUCAUCUUCAGGUCAAAUGUUUUAUCUUAGUUUCUUCAAAGAGAUGCUGUUCUAAAACAUGAUGAGUAAUAAUAGUAAUACAAAUGUACUUAUAAAAAUGUCUUUUAUCUGACAAUUUUAUAAGUUGUUAUAAACAGCAUUGUAAGUAUUUGUCAUGUAUAGCUUCCAGGGUUUUCACGAUCAUGGAAAAUCGUAUUAUUUUUUUUAUAUUUAUAAAUGUGUGAUUUACAGGCCUGCAAAGGAAGUACAGCAAAUUAUUAGUCAUGUUCAUUUCUGCAUUGAGCUGCAUUCAGAUCGCAUGCUGUUUUUUGUUUUUUGGAGACUUUUGUGCUCAAAUACAUACAGUAUGUGUUUAAUGUUUUCUCAGCUUUGAUCGUUUCAGGGGUCUGAGUGCAGUUAUUAGGAUUAUUGACCCAUAUUUGUGCCCCAGUGUCAAUAAUAGUAACCCCACCAGUGGCCCCCCCUAAAUAAAACAUCAAUGCAUAAUGAAUGCAUAUUUUUUUAGCUUGAUAUAUGUUUAAUAUUUCCUACCUUUGGUGAACGACACUAUUUUAGCAUUUAUGGAUUUGGCAGACACAAAAUACUUUUUGAAAGUUGGCAUGUGGUGUGCCAUGCCAUACUCCAUCUAACGCUUUUUAAACAGCAUUUUCACAUUUUUGUAUAAUUAUUAUGUAUGCAGCUUUUAUGUCUCAUAGUUAUUGAGAUCAGUAGCGGUUCUAGCUUGUUUGGCGCCAUGGGCGAAACCCGCUUCAACACGCCCCCAAAGUUGUUGGGGUAUGUGAUUCUAAAUGAGAACGCCCCCAAAGUUGUUGACUGAUGGUGCCGCCCUGCCCAUGUCGCCCAUGUCUAAAUCCGCCACUGAUUGAGAUGCAACAUGGAAUACUAUUUGUAUUUUUUUAUAUAAUUUGUUAGACUGCAGGACAAUUUAAAAUCAAUAUAUUUAAUAUAUAAAGAUAAAAAUGGCGACAUUUACAAGACCUGUACACGUCCCUUGUACUGCAAACUGCAUUCAUUUUACUUAAUCAUUUAAUCUCGGUUGUUGUUCUAAAGAACAUGCCAACAUGGCUUAAAGUUUGUGGGCAAAUCCCAAAUGUUAUGGUUUGUAUUAACUCACCAUAAAACGCUUGUCAUUUUCAUCAUUGUUACUCAACUUUGGUUGGUAAAUCUUAGAUUGUCUUCAAAAAAUAGCAUUGUGUUAGCAAAUAUUAAAGUGGCAUAUGUUGUUUUUAAUGUACAGAGGACAUUUAAAGUAAUGCCGUUGCCCCCUACAAGCACAUACCUUGGGGUCUUGUUUGCUGAUGUCGUGCUUUGUGAACACAAAGUGCUUCUCAGGCUCAUUGAAUUUUUAUUCAUUGGCAAGCUUGUUUGGUCCUGACAGGAUACCGUACACAGGAAAUGAUAACGUGCAGAGGAAAGAUCCACUUAUACUGUUUCUAUGGAGAUGAGCGACGGGCAUAUGAAAACUAUGUAAACUUCACACAAAACAAACUUAAGUGUUAAACUCGAGAGUUUAACCGGACUGCCUCGAAAUGCUGCAUGAAAGUCACAAAAUUAUGACAGAAAUAUACUGGAUUAUUGUAUUCUAUGAAUUGAUGUAGCCCAAGGCUGUCUAUAUAUAAUAAAAAUGAAUCUUGA